GGCAGUGAGUCGAGCGGUUCUGGUGGCGGGUCAAGCUGUUAGUUUAGGGUCGCCUCGGGCGCUUGUCCUCAACUUCUCCUUCCAUGAUGGACCCCGAGAGAGAAGCGGCAGCACUGGCGAUGGCUAUAGGGCCGCCGGCGGAACGGCUUCAGGAGCCAGUGACGUUCCGGGACGUGGCUGUGGACUUCACACAGGAGGAAUGGGGGCAACUGGGCCCUGCACAGAGGACCCUGUACCGUGAUGUGAUGCUGGAGACCUUUGGUCACCUGCUCUCUGUGGGGCCUGAGCUUCCAAAACCCGAAGUCAUCUCCCAGCUGGAGCAAGGGGCUGAGCUGUGGGUGAUGGAGAGAGGAAUUGCCCAGGGCUGCUGCCCAGACUGGGAGCCUGGACCUGAAGGUCGAGCGCCACCUGAGGAGCAGGGCCUUCCUGAGGAGGAGCCAUCCCAUGUCUCAGGAAGGGAAGGCUUCCUGAGGGAUGCUCCCUGUCCCACAGCACUAGGGGGAGACUGGGAACCUGAGAGCCAGGUAAAGACACCCAAGAAGGACCAGGAUAAUUUGAGGCAAUUGGAAUUUAGCCUUGAGGAAGCACCAAUUCGAGAUAGAGGCUACAGAAGUCUCGGACUUGGAGAAAACUGUGUCCUGAGUUCAGUCUUAAACCCAUUCCCGGGGAUUACUGGGAGAGAAGGUUUCUGUACUUACAACUCACAGGUUACAGACACAGAGCGUAACUCAGGCUUAGUCAGUCAGCAAAUAGGCUCCUCAGGAGAACAGCCAUGUGACAGCAGUGACUGGAGUAAAGCUUCCAGUCAGGCCAUUCCUGUUGUGGAACUCACACGCAGCCAGGUACAGGAUAAGCCCUACAAAUGCACAGACUGUGGGAAGUCCUUUAACCAUAAUGCACACCUCACAGUACAUAAGAGGAUCCACACAGGAGAGAGACCUUAUAUGUGCAAAGAGUGUGGGAAAGCCUUCAGCCAGAACUCCUCCCUGGUUCAGCACGAGCGAAUUCACACAGGAGACAAGCCCUAUAAGUGUGCCGAGUGUGGGAAGUCUUUCUGCCAUAGCACACACCUCACCGUCCAUCGGAGGAUUCACACCGGAGAGAAGCCCUAUGAGUGUCAGGACUGUGGGAGGGCCUUCAACCAGAAUUCCUCCCUGGGCCGGCACAAACGGACGCAUACUGGAGAGAAGCCAUACACCUGCAGUGUGUGUGGGAAAUCCUUCUCACGGACCACUUGCCUGUUUCUGCAUCUGAGGACUCACACUGAGGAGAGGCCCUACGAGUGUAACCACUGUGGGAAGGGCUUCAGGCAUAGCUCCUCCCUGGCCCAGCAUCAGCGGAAGCAUGCUGGGGAGAAGCCCUAUGAGUGCCGCCAGAGGCUGAUCUUUGAGCAGACACCAGCUCUAACGAAGCACGAGUGGGCGGAAGCCCUGGGCUGUGACCCACCCUUGAAUCCAGAUGAGAGGGCUCCCCGGAGCGAUAGGCCCUUCAAGUGUAAUCAGUGCGGGAAGUGUUUCAUUCAGAGCUCGCACCUCAUCCGACACCAGAUAACUCACACCAGAGAGGAGCCCCGUGGACGGAACCGGCGUCGUGAGCAGCCAUUUGGCCGAGGCUCGCACCUGGGCCAGCCUCAGCAUCAGCACCCACACUCGGGCGAGCACCCUGGGGGCGAGACAGAGGUGGGACAGCCUGCAAGCCGGGCGCUUGCUCUAUUUGACAUCCACGAAAUCAUGCAUGAGAAAAACCCGGUGCAUGUCAUCGGGGUGGAAGAGCCUUCCAUGGGCACAUCCAUGUUAUUUGACAUCAGAGAAUCCACAUAGGGGAGAAAGCCUACAGAUGACUUUUGAACCACAGGUACAAAAAUGUGUCUUUUCUUUGUUGGGGGAAAAGAACAACAGGGAAACCUAAAUGCUGCCCUCAUCCUGAGCCUGGCCAUCAGACCGUCCUCACUCAGGCUGGUGGGAUGACUCCUGGUUUGGCAUCAAGCCCCGGGCUGUGCUGAGGGGCUGUGUGAGCUGUGUGACUCCCUGUCUUUUCAGGCUCAUCUCCGCAUCUUGCAUGGGGUCUCUGCUGGAGGUCUCAGCUGUCAGUGCCAGGUAAAGCCAGACCCCUGAGGAAAUGGUUUAUUUUUAUAUGAUGCAGAACAUUCAAACAUGACCAUUUUAACGCCCACAGUCGGAAACUUCUCCUUAUCUUCUUGCUUUCCUCCACUUUUACUCCUGAGGAAAGCAAAGCUCUGACCUUUGUCUGUAUCUUCUUGACCUAAAGAAGAACACUGUGAUUGAGGUGUGAUCCUUGGUGUCUGACAGCACGAGGGAUAUAAAAACCAGACUUUAAACCUUACCUACUUUCUACCCUAAAAUGAAACAAGUCAUGGACUGUCAGUAAGCACUAUGCCUGUCCCACGGGGACACUGAGUCAUGUGCUCCAUUGUACAGAAUGGCUGCCUUUGUUUCUAUGUCUGCUGUUCCCAUGGCAGUUGCAUCCUAGUGAAGUUAAACGUAAAUCAUAAACAUCGAAAAUUGGAAGGAAGGAAAUUGAUCACAGCACAUCUCAGCCUCUAGAAAUCAGUUUCCUAUAAACAUCCUGCAGAAGGGAUGGAUGGGCAGAGCGUAGAGCUGAGUGGAAGAAACAUCAUCCUGGAAGAAUACAGCAGCAGCUCUGGCGGCUGUGUCGGGAUGAUUGACCAGAACUCUCACUGCCAGAACAUCAUGGCGAGUGUCAGAACUCUGUCCCAAAUCCUCGUGUCCAUUUUUGUCCUUUGGAUGCUGUGAGUGUCACAGCUGAUGAGUUUCCUUCAUGGCAGAGCUGGCUUCCAGGCUCUCAGAGCCAGCUGUGCUGCUCAUCUCCAGGGCUUCUACAAGACCCUCCUGAGGCUUGUUGCUCCGUGCUCCCCUUUCCUCGGGGGCUGUCCUCACGUGUUUCCCUUGUCAGCGCCCACUUUUCACAGUGACUCUGUCCUCGUACCUUGGCCUGCACCACCUUCCAUUUCAUUCUUAGCAGAUAACCUUCAUUUACCAGCUAAGAAAAGGUGUGUUUUGAGACAGAUGGUGCCUUGGUCAUGGUUCUGUGAGGUAGCACCCUUAUACAUAGAAGGAAAAUAUGGCACAGGACAAAAGUAACCAUCCCAAGGUUAUACAGCUGGGAUUGGAGGUAGACUUUGAAGUCAACACCCAGUCAACAGUGGGUUAAGCAAGUUAGGCUUCUUUUAAGCACUGUCCCUUCAGUGGGUCAGUGACGUCAGAGGCAGGGUUUUCUGCAGGGUUUUCUCAACCUUUCCCUCACGGUCGCAGGGAGACUGCUGCAGCAUCAGCUGUUGCUUCCGCAGUCAAGACCAGAAGCAGAUGGGGAAGGGCGGGCCAACACUCAUCUCUGAUGAGGUUUCAAAGAAAAGGCUUUCCCAGAAGAUGCCAGCAGAUGCCCACUUUUGCCUCAUUGGCCAAGACUAGCUCACAGGGCCACUCUUACUGACCAGGGGCUUGGAAAGCUAGUGUUUAGCUUUUCUAACCUCCGUGGUGGAGACCUCCACCCACAGGAGGUCUGGGGAAGUGGGGGUGGAUAGGCAACUAGCAGCAUCUGCCGCCUUUCUCCUCCAGUCUUUUCCUGGAAGAAUCACCAGUGCUCCCCAUUGCCUGGUCAGGUGCCACUGCCUCAGCAUCUUCUGUUCACCUCCUGGAUUGUUCAGCCUGCUUCCUGGGCCCUCCUUGCAACCCGCAGUGCCCUGACAUUCUAGGAUGCUGCACUCUUCUGGAUUCCUUCCACCUCUUGAGGGGCUUCUUGUUCUCCCUCACCUCUUAAAUGUUGGGGUCCCUGGGGUGUUGUCCCAGGGGCCCAUCUUGUGCUCCACACCUUCCCCAGAUGUCCUCAUCUGCACCCAUGGCUCUGCACUGCUCACUCCCAAAUCCUGGUCUCUGGUGCUGAGUCCUGGACUUCAGGCUGGAACAGCAGCAUUGUGCUGCUGGCAGCUCCCCCUGGAUGUGCCAUGAGCUUCAAGAACAUAACCUUCCCAGAACAAAAUGUCCUUUUCCAAUCCAAACCAGCCCCCUUCCCCUGGGCCAUUUCAUGGAGCAUGUGGCCAUCCACCAGUCCGUCCCUGAAGGCAGGAGAUAGUUGUCCUGUUGAUCUUAGUGUCUAAACAUCUCAGCUCUCUUCCCUUCAUCCUGUUUCCACUACCAUCGCCAGUGCAGGAUGGCCCUGAGAAGGGAAGUGACAUGUCACCAAGGGGCCCAGCUGCCAGAGCCCCACUUUUGACUGUGCCUCCACCUCACUGCCCCAUCAGUCGUGUAGGAUGCGGGCUCAGGAAUGCUCCAACUGCCAGUGCCCUCUGGGAAGGGAGACGCAGCUGUAAUUUCCUGGUUCCGGACUGCUCUGGAGGCCGGGCCUCAAUUGCCCUGUGGCCUCCACCUUGGCCCCCAAAAUGGCAGCUCCUGAAGGGUUAUGGUUCCACAGUUCUCAGAGUGGACUCUGGGUGGACCGAGGUCACGGUGCCCUCACUGGGUCAGCUAGGAACAAGCUUGUCACUGUUGGCACUUGCCUCCCUCUCCUGGCAAGCACAGAUCUUUGCAAAUUUUUCCACUUUUCAUUUCUAAUCACCUUUUCUAGGCAUAUAUUCCUACUGAUUUCCUUAUAGAAAUUUUGAAACAGAUAAGAAACUCCUCAGGGGAAAUUACUAUAAACUAGGGAAAAUGCAUGGUUUUAUCAGUUUAUGGAAGUAAUGCAAAUUAAUUAUAGCAAAACCUGGAAAAUGCACAAAAGUAAAAGAAUACACGAAAGUAUGAAGAUUUAUUUAAAUUUUAAUCCCUCAUACUCCCACCAUCCAGAGCUGGUCAUUACUAUUAAGAUUUUCUUAAUUUUCCUUGUAAUUUUUUCUUGAACGCGUGUAUGUACAUUAAAUCUUAUACACACACAAAAUAUAUAUGUGUAGUUAUCUUGUGUUUAGAAAAUUGGAAUCCCUUCUAGUUCUCCUGUAACACUUCUUACUAUAUUUUGAGCAUUUUCCUCUGACAAUAAAUUUCAUGUAGCUUUUUAAAUAAACUUUCAGGAGAAUUGUAGCAAUGUGACCUCCACUCAGCAUUUUACUAGCCUUGACUUUUACCCAAAAAGGGGAAGAGAGUUUCCUCCGCAUUUCUAGGGGGAGUAUGAAUUGACACAGCCUUUGUAGAGGGCAGCUUAUCAGUUGCCAUCUAAAUUAGAAACACAAACCCUUUGUCUCAGCAGACCUGUUGCUGGGAAUGCAUCCUACAGAUAUAUUUGUACACGUGCAAACUGUUUGUACAUGGUUGUCACUGUGGUAUUGAGUUCAAAAGUAAAAAUUUGGAGGGCUGGCCCCGUGGCCUAAGUGGUUAAAUUCUUGCACUCCGCUUCGGCGGCCCAGGGUUUCAC